UAGUCUGAACCAAUUUCAUGCAGCAGCAGCAGGCAGGAAUUCUACUGUUGGAAUGGGAAAUUCUCCUACUCAUCAUAUAAUCGGAUUAUAAUAUCCCGGGGGGUCCCGAACUUGGUGGUCAUUAAGGAAAGAGCGUGUGAUUGGAUGAACUGGUACUGAGCCAAGCCUGUUAGUCUGUCUGGUGAAUCCGAGCAAAUGGGACGUUAUAAGGUACUGGAAGUACCCAAGGAAACUGCUUGUGUGUGCUUGUGCGUUCAGGUGUAAUCCAGCUGAACUUUGUAUCGCCAUCACCCUCCUUUGAACCGGGGUUGAAACGGAUGAGAAUUCAGGGAUCUUUAAUAUGGACUCCUCUUUCAUCUUGCCUUGGAUAGCUUCUUUGCCUUUGAUCAUUUUCUGCGCGAUACCACAAGCCGCAUCAUCCUGGUGGUACAUGGGUGCUAUGGGAUCUCAGGUGAUGUGUAACAAUGUUCCUGGAUUAGUGACCCGACAGCGGCAGCUGUGUCAGCAGUUCCCAGAUGUGAUGCUGUCCGUAGGAACUGGCAUUAAGGAAUGGAUAAGGGAAUGUCAACACCAGUUUCGCCAUCAUCGAUGGAAUUGUAAAAUAUUUGACAGGGAUCACAGUCUCUUUGGCAAAGCUAUGCUUCACAGUAGUCGAGAAGCUGCUUUUGUUUAUGCAAUCUCUUCAGCUGGUGUUGCUUAUGCUAUUACAAGGUCAUGCAGUCAGGGGCAACUACGUUCUUGCUCCUGUGACCCUAAAAAGAAAGGUUCUUCUAGGGACAAUAAUGGAAGCUUUGACUGGGGAGGAUGCAGUGACAAUGUUGACUAUGGAAUUAAGUUUUCCAGAGCAUUUGUGGAUGCCAGAGAAAGGAGGGAAAAGGAUGCCAGGGCGCAAAUGAACCUACAUAAUAAUAAAGCUGGAAGAAAGGCAGUGAAACAUUUUUUGAAACUUGAAUGCAAGUGUCACGGAGUCAGUGGAUCAUGUACUCUGAGGACCUGUUGGCUGGCCAUGGCUGAGUUCCGAAAGACUGGUGAUUAUCUGUGGAAAAAAUACACUACAGCCAUUCAAGUUACCAUGAAUCAGGAUGGUACUGGAUUUACUGUUGCUAACAAGAAACUUAAUAAGCCAAGUAAAAAUGACUUGGUGUACUUUGACAAUUCUCCAGACUACUGCGUCAGGGAUCGAGAAGCAGGAUCACCAGGUACUGCAGGAAGGAUAUGUAACCGAACAUCACGUGACAUGGAUAGCUGUGAGGUCAUGUGCUGUGGACGAGGUUAUGACACAACCCGUGUCUCAAGAAUGACAAAAUGUGAAUGCAAGUUCCACUGGUGUUGUGCUGUCCAGUGCAAGGACUGUUAUGAGACCUUGGAUGUGCACACAUGCAAACCACCAAAGACUGCUGGCUGGGUGGAUCAGACAUGAUGCUGGUGCCUUAACAGACUGUGAUCAUGGACACUGCACUGAUGGAAAAAUCAUGCCAACUUCAACCAAGACAUUUUUAUGAACUGUAGAUGAUUAUUAUCUUUUGAUAAUUCUUUUAGACUUAUGAACAUUUUAACAGUAUUUAAAACUGUAUUUUAAUGAAAUGUUUAUUUUCAAAAUGUAUUGCUCUUAAAUAUGUUCCAUAAUCUCAGAAAGAGCAUUCUAAAAAUGCUCAGAGAAAAAAUAUAUAGUGCAAUGAAUUUAAAACAGGAAAAAGAAUGUUAGGUAAAAAUUAAAUGCACAUUUUGGUUAAUUUCUUCUUAUCACUGCAGUUGGCAAGGCAUGGAUUUGGGAAGAUUUGCUAAAAACUAGGAGUAGAUACAUAACUUAAAAAAGCUGUAGGCAAUUCUUUAUAGUAACAGUAAAAUAGUUAUAUGUAUCACAAAAGUAAAAUGCAAACAACUUCAACAGAACAGCAUAAUUCUCCCCAAUAAAAAAAAUCUAUAUUUCAGACAUUUGUUCUAAUCCUAAUAAAAUAUUAUUGCUGUUUUUAUAGUAAACAUUUAACAGGCAAUUAUUUUAAAAUGUUCUGUGAACAAAUUGACCACACCAUUCUGCCUCGCUAAAUGCAGUUUUAGAAAAUUCAAUUUAUAAUGGCUAUAUGCCUCCCAGCUGAGGUUACUGAUAGUGCAGUAAGGGGAACUAAAACAAAGAGGCAUCAGAAGAUGCCCUGCAGUUAGUCAGUGAAACAAAAAUAUGGUAAGACGAUGUUGGUGCAUAUUUGUGUCUCAAAGAGAAGAAGAACAUUUUAGAAAAUCAAUUCACUGACAAGAUAGUAGGCUGUUUAUGGGCUAUGUACCCUACUGGUAGCAUAAGUCAUCAAGCUUGCCUAAAGAGUGGCUUUUCAGUGUGAUGUGGGACAUUGCAAAGAGAGAAAGACAACAUAUUCAAUUGAUUAAAAGAGCAUUUGUUGAUGAUAUCUUCACAGAUGCUUAAGUCUAGACCAUUGUAAUGUAAUUCAAGAAUUAUGCACAAUGGAAAAUAAUGUGAUUCUGCAAUGGCAUACAAGUUUAUAUUCAUUCAGGACUCAGAUGGAAGUUACAUAAUGAUAAUGUCUAUGUCUGGAUCAUAAAGUACAAUGUAAUAGUAUAAUUAGACCAAAAAUGAAAAAAAAAACACACACACAAAAAAGUAAAACGUUAUAAUUGUUCAUUAGCUUUGUGAAUCAAAUGAAGUGAAUAAUUUGGUGAUCUUAUUCUUCUCCAGCACAUUAUUUAAACACAUGUACACAGAGGCAUCAAGAUUUCUGUAAAUUGUAACCUGAGUAAAAAAGGAUAUAUUAAUGUUGUGAACGCUAAUGAUGUUUAAAGUGCCCCAUGUUGUUGUGAUGGAUGGCUUAAAUAAAUCCAUGCCUGACUUUGAAAGCUAAAAUGUUAAUAUAAUAUACCAAUGAUUUAUUACAAAUGUUAUGGUAUCAGUCUGUAGUGAAAUGGGGAAAAAAAUCUAUGUAAUGCAGUUUCUUUUCAUUAU